AUGCUGAUGCCCCAGAGCGGGCAGCCCUGGUGGUGGUGGUGGUACUGCUGUGCCUGGUACCGCUGUGGACUGUGCCUCCCAGCCCCCCAGAUGCUGCGCCACCAGGGUCUCCUCAAGUGCCGCUGCCGCAUGCUCUUCAAUGACCUGAAGGUUCUCCUCCUGCGGCGCCCCCCUCCAGCCCCCCUGCCCAUGCACGGCGAACCCCAGCCCCCCGGCGUGGCAGCCAACAACACCCUUCCGGCUCUGGGUGCCGGGGGGCGGGCAGGCUGGAGGGGGCCUCGAGAAGGCGUGGGCAGGGAGACCCCUCCCCUGCCACCUUCAGCGGAAGAUGACUGGGGUGGCCCAGCCGCAGAGCCACCUGCCUUGCUGCUCAGCAGUGCCUCUUCAGAUGACUUCUGUAAGGGGAAGGCUGAGGAUCGCUACUCACUGGGCAGCAGCCUGGACAGUGGCAUGAGAACCCCGCUCUGCCGCAUCUGCUUCCAGGGGCCGGAACAGGGGGAGCUGCUGAGCCCGUGCCGCUGCGACGGCUCGGUCAAGUGCACGCACCAGCCUUGCCUCAUCAAGUGGAUCAGCGAGCGGGGCUGCUGGAGCUGCGAGCUGUGCUACUACAAGUACCACGUCAUCGCCAUCAGCACAAAGAACCCUCUGCAGUGGCAGGCCAUCUCUCUGACAGUCAUUGAGAAGGUUCAGAUCGCAGCUGCCAUCCUGGGUUCCCUCUUCCUCAUCGCCAGUAUCUCCUGGCUCAUCUGGUCGACCUUCAGCCCCUCAGCAAAAUGGCAGCGCCAAGACCUCCUCUUCCAGAUCUGCUACGGGAUGUAUGGAUUCAUGGAUGUGGUGUGCAUAGGCCUCAUCAUCCACGAGGGGCCCUCCGUGUACCGCAUCUUUAAACGGUGGCAAGCUGUCAACCAGCAAUGGAAAGUGCUGAACUACGACAAGACGAAAGACCUGGAGGAUCAAAAGGCAGGAGGCAGGACCAAUGCCCGGAUGUCCUCGUCCACCCAGGCCAACGCGCCCCCCUCCGGAGAGGAGGCUGCGGGCACCCCUGCCCCUGAGGAAGGCCCUGCCCGGGCGGCCGGCCACCCCUCAGGCCCUCUGUCCGAUCACCACUGUGCUUACACCAUCCUGCACAUCUUGAGUCACUUAAGACCUCAUGAACAGCGGACCCCACAGGGCGGCAGCCGAGAGCUGGUCAUGAGGGUCACGACGGUGUGA